UGUAGUCAAGUUAAAAGUAGGCCUACAAUUUCCCCUCUGAAAUACAAGUUAGUUGAUAUACAAGUGAAAGUGACAUGUAAAAAGGACUCGAGUAAAGUAAAAGAAGCUCAAUUCUGUACUGACGUACCUCUGUAAAUGUACUGAACACAGAUCAUGAACCUGUCCCAGGCAGCAGGUCUCAGCAGUCUCGUCCUCCGUGACUACAGGUGGCAGCAGUGCUAACUAGCUUUAGCCACAUUGCAUGCUGGGAGUUGUGUCGCCGCCCUAGCAACAGGCUGCAGAGAGAAAUAACAUCCGUCCUGUCUUUAUCAGCAUCAGCUGGUCCUGUUCUGGAAGAAGGACAGUUUUGAAGUGGGCUUUCUUUCUUAUCCAAAAUGGACAAUUUGCAAACAGGAGAUGCGCGGUAUCUGAAAAGGAGGGUAAAGGGCUGCACACUUGAUGUCCACCCCACUGAGAGAGCCCUUGUAGUUCAGUAUGAGGUGGAGGCAACUGUCCUGGGAGAGCAGGGGAACCCAAUGGUUGGGGAACGCAAAGAGUGUCAAAAAAUUAUUCGCCUGAAAAGCCUGAACGCCCACACAGAUACGUCCUCUUUGGCCCGGAAAGUCGUGGAGGAAUGUCGGCUGAUUCACCCAUCCAAACUCAGCAAGGUGGAGCAGCUGCUCUUCUAUUUGCAAAAUCGCAAACAGUCAAAUGACAACCAAGAGAAGAAACGCAUCUCACCUCGAGACUUCACACCCUAUGCAGGAGUGGAGCUGGACGAGGAGGCGAGCAUCAGCAGCAUCGAUGAGUAUGUGGAGCUGCUGUAUGAGGACAUUCAGGAGAAGAUCAGAGGAGCCACACUCAUCUUCCAACUGGCUCGUAACCCGGACAACCUGGAGGAGCUCGUACAGAACGAGACGGCCCUUGGAGCCCUGGCCAGAGUUUUGAGGGAGGACUGGAAGCAGAGUGUGGACCUGGCAACUACCAUCGUCUAUAUCUUCUUCUGCUUCUCCAGUUUCUCCCAGUUCCAUGGCCUGGUCACACAUUUCAAAAUUGGGGCCCUGUGUAUGAAUAUCAUUGAACAUGAGCUGAAGAGGUAUGACCUCUGGCAAGACGAACUACAGAAGAAGAAGAAGGCCUAUGAAGAAUUCCCUGAGAAUCAAAAUUUGAAGAAAGAACACGAGAAGUCUUUCAGAAAGUACCAGAGCCUUCUGACCAAACAGGAGCAGCUUCUGAGAGUUGCUCUGUGUCUGCUGCUGAACCUGGCUGAAGACACGCGCACAGAGCUGAAGAUGAGGAACAAAAACAUCGUCCACAUGCUGGUAAAGAUCCUGGACAGGGAGGACGAGGAGCUGCUGCUGGUGGUUGUCUCCUUCCUCAAGAAGCUGUCAAUCUUCUUGGAGAACAAGAAUGACAUGGCUGAAACAUUUGCUGUGGAGAAGCUGGCUCGGCUGGUUCCCUGCGAGCACGAGGAGCUCCUGAGCACCAACUUGCGCCUCCUGCUCAACCUCUCCUUUGACACAAUGCUGCGCAGCCAGAUGGUCCAGGCAGGACUCAUUCCUAAAGUCUCCUCAUUGCUUGCUGACGAGGGCCAGAGACAGCUCAGCAUGUGCAUUCUGUACCACAUCAGCAUGGACGACAGAUUCAAGUCCAUGUUUGCCGACACAGACUGCAUACCGCAGCUGAUGAAGAUGGUGUUUGAGUGCAGGGAGGAGAAGAUGGACGUUGAGCUCAUCUCACUCUGCAUCAACCUGGCUGCUAACAAGAGUAAUGCAAAGGUCAUCUGUGAAGGUAACGGACUGAAGAUACUAAUGAAGCGUGCUUUGAAGUUGAAGGAUGUUCUGGUGAUGAAGAUGAUCAGAAAUCUUUCUCAGCACAGUGGACCCACUAAGGGCCUCUUUCUGGACCACGUCGGCGACCUGGCAGCUCAGAUCAACGAGGAGGAGGCUGAAGAGUUUGUGAUCGAAUGUCUUGGCACGCUGGCCAAUCUCACCAUCCCUGACCUGGACUGGGCGCUGGUGCUUAAGGAGUACAACCUGGUGCCCUACCUGAAAAACCGACUCAAACCAGGUUCUGCUGAGGAUGACCUCAUUCUGGAAGUGGUGAUCGUGAUCGGCACCGUGUCUAUGGAUGACUCUUGUGCAGCCAUGUUGGCCAAGUCUGGUAUCAUUCCUGCUCUUAUUGAGCUGCUCAAUGCCCAACAAGAGGAUGAUGAGUUUGUGUGUCAGAUUGUCUACGUCUUCUACCAGAUGGUCUUUCACAAAGCUACCAGGGACGUCAUCGUCAAAGACACACAAGCCCCUGUGUACCUCAUCGACCUGAUGCAUGAUAACAACGCAGAGAUUCGCAAAGUCUGUGACAACACACUGGAUAUCAUCGCUGAAUAUGACGAGGAGUGGGGAAAAAAGAUCCAGAAUGAGAAGUUCCGCUGGUACAAUGGUCAGUGGCUGGAGAUGGUGGAGAACCGUCUGAUGGAUGAAGCAGAAGAGCCUUUCCUGUAUGGGGAGGAUGGGGAAUCCUUCAUCGGGGACGGAGACAUCCUGGAGAGACCCGACCUGUUCUACAGCGCUGAUGGGAUCAUGUCAGCAGACGGUGCCAUCAGUCCUGAUUUCUUCACUGACUUCCAGAAUGGGGAGCUGGGACAAACUGGAUACAUGAGCAGUUUCAACCUGACAACCUCAAGAAAAAGUAUAUGGCCAGUGGUGUCCACACUAUUUUCUCAGGCCCAGUCCACAUGUACGCAGUGUGUCAGAGCAGUUUGUCCCAGCAGAGCGACCCGUCAGCGCCUACGGCUUCCGCCCGGAUGAACCAUAUUUCUACAACUACAACAAUGCCUCCCGGUAAACUUGGAACCUCUCACACAUUGAUACUGUACAAGCAUUGUGUUGUUGCUGAUGUCCACUCUGUACUACUGAAGCUGACUUUAGAUUGUGGAGGAACACUGUCUUUUCUUUAUGCAUCUCCCAGCACUCUACAAAUUGUCUAAUCAUCAUCUUAAUCAGGAAUUGCACAGGGACCAAGUGGAAACAUCUCACACAUAAAUUCCUUAAGACUCCAAGUGAAAGUAUGUGACUUAUUAAUACAGAAGUUUAUGUAGUUCUUCAAACUAAAAACCUUACAAAUCUAUAGAUAUUAGGGUCAGUCUCAGAUUUCAUUUUUUCAACUACAAAAUUGUAUAUAUCAUUUAAAAGUUCACUUUGCUGAAGUGAUUCAAGAACAUAUGCUGUAUAACGAAGCUUUGUAUUUUUCUGUUUUGUGAUAAACUAGGCAGCUGUAGAUUUAACACUGAAGUGCACUCAGAUUUUACUGUUUUUAAUUUCCAGUUUCACACUACAAAACGUUUAUUUUUUUUUUACCAGCCUACUUAAAGUGAUCAAUCAUAAAUACUAUUUCAGGCAAAAGAGCACAACAAAAUGGAUGAGUGUGUUUUGAAAGAUCAGUCUGAUGUUAUUCUGUAUUGGUUAUUGUCAACAAGUCUAAUGUUCAGACUGAGACCAACAACAUGUUAGUCUGUCUCUCUCAGUACUUAAUGACUUUCUGUCUGUGGCUCUCAGCUCCAAGCCCAUUGGUUCCUGCUGAAAAUGUAAAUCUUUAAAAACACAAGUAUAUAGUUUUAAUCUUUUAAUAGUUUCCAAACAACAGUGGAGCUCUAUGACACAGAGGAAGAAUGUCUAUCAGGCUGUGCUACACAACACUUGUUAAUAGAUGUGUUAACUGUUUGUUUGGCUCUGCACAUGGGACAACCUCUAUAAUAUCACCAGACUUAUCUUUUAACAAAGAUAAUAUUUUAAAGACUGUAAACCAGCCCAGGUCACUGGCUGAAGUAGUUGUCAGUGGUCCCAAUAUUUGUCACUUGUGACACCUCGUCACAGGUCAUUGUCUUCAACCAAAAGUCAGCUUUUUCUUUCUCAGAUUAUUUGAUUUGAAGGAUUUUUCAAGACAUAAAAGGUGGAAGUAUCAAGCAUUUAAAAAGAAAAAAUGAGAGAAAACACCUUUUAUCUUAUCCCUUUAAUUAUUAUGUGACCUCUCAGAUCAAUCUUGGGUCCCUGAGUGGGGCUCCCACCCACAGGUUGGGAAGCACUGAGUUAUGCAUUAAAUAUGCAGUUGGAUUAUAUAACUGCACAUUAGGAUAUUUUUGGUAACAGUUUGUGUUGCAGGUCUGUAUUUUCUUUAUUAUUUCCUAAAAUGUUUGUUGACAAUGACACGAUAAUUUGGUACAUGUUGUAGGGAAACUAUAGACACAGCGUCGAGUUGUCUUUCAUUUCAAUCACUGUCGAUUAAUGGGUAUAACAUGUAGAGUCAUUGUCGGUGCACAGCAGGUCAGCUGGAUUUGCAAAUUUGACAUUUGUCUACAGGAAAGCAUGCAAUUUAACAAGUGAAGAAUACAGUUUACAGUAAUAAAUAUUUAUUAAUAAAUAAUAACUUUAAGCUUUGCUUUCAAGGGAAUUAGCUAUAACCCAAGUGAGUAGGUUUCAUUUCAACAUUCGUAGGUAAACAUAUGAAGCGGAAGACUGAGGGUUCGCCCCGGGAAAUUUUAAACAUCAAACGCUUAAUAUUCUGCAUUCACGUAAAGUUUUAUGCACCAGUUUAUGGUGGCAUUGUUUUAAUUUAUGUAAAGAAAAACACAAAAUUCAGCCAAUACAUGAUGAUUCAAAAUAUAAAAUUGGCUAUCAUGGAAUAUAACCCAGUAAGGCUCUCAGACAUUCUGUAUUGCUUUCAAAUAGAUCAACUUUUCUCAUUUUAAUUAUCCCUGCUGAGUCAACAUGUGUAGGCAUAGUUUACUAUUCCAACCUUUUUUGUGUCCUUUGUUUGGGGAAGUAACCUCCAAAUGUGCAUGAGGCACCUGUUCACAUUAAAGAUAAAUUUAUUUUAAUUCAUUAUAAACCUUUGGACUUCAAUAACAUGUGUUUCAGCACAUUUAAAACAUCUCCCAGACUCUCACUUAUUUGUGUUCAAGAAUUAUGUUAUGAUACUUUUGCGAAAAAAGUUGUCAAUUACAUAAAUAUUAAUACAUGUAUAAUUUAAUGAGGAUAAAGUCAUAAUGUUUCAAGAAGAAAAACCGACUGACUCUUAGGUCCAAUGUGCAUCAGGUUAUUGCUCUGCUGAUAUUUGCAAGCGGCAGUGCACUGCUCUUCAUCAGAGCUGAAAUACCAAAACUAACUGAAAACACUUUUGAUCAGGAAUAAGAAAUGGUCAUCCCCUAUUAAAAAAUAAAAUUCACUGUCCCUUACUGAAUCAAUACGAGAUGCUGUAUGUCACAUAUUUCUGUGCACAGAGCUGUUAGAAUGAGGAUAAUGUGAACACAUCUGCUCAAACAUGUCCCUACUGUCCAUAUGCAACCCUUUGCCCUUGUUAUUGCCUUUUAAAAACUUCAUGCAACUAACUAAAAUAAGUCUCAGAGCAUUGUCUCUAUUUAUUCUAUAUUAAGUACCAAAUUAUAGUUCUUUCAAGGAAACUUCCUAGAAAAUGAUAAUAAAGAGGGACCAUUAUUUUGCCUUUGCACACAAACAGUCUCUCACUGGAAACUCUGCAGCAGACUGUGAAAAAAAACCUCGAGUCGCUGGAUUAAGAUGUCAUUUAUCUUUAUUUCUUUGAAUGUAAUUUAAGAAGAAAUGUUAACAGCCUUCAUUGUCUUAUCUUGAAAAAUGUGUCUUACAUAUGAACAAAUGUUAAAUAACUUAUUUGUAUUCUUUAUCUUGUUCUUGAUGUGCCUGGAGUUCUGCUGGUCUGCUGAAAUAUGAGAUACUUUUUUCCUGUGGUGCAAUAUAUCAAAUAAAUGGAAGGCACAUUGUUGUAGUCCAACUGUAUUUAGAAUUUAAUGUGUCACAGAUGUUGGAUUACUUGUAGGUCUUUAAUAUUUCUCAGCACAUUGUGUCUGUAAUUGGUUAAAAAAUAAAAGUUGUGGACCAUAAAUAAAUAAUCAAAGCCUCA